UGUUGUGUUGGACGCCAGAAGAGUAACUAAUGUAACUAAUUUGGUGUUAUAUUGAAAAGCUUGCAAUAUUUCCAUAACUAGACUGCAUUUUUGAGUCAUUCAAUGGAUAAUCCACAGACUGUAUAAAGAGAAUGACUUUGUCAACUCAUCUUAUUCCUGCUCGACGUGUUGUCGUGACUGGUAUUGGGCUUCUCACGUGUCUAGGAGUAGGAAAGGACAAGGUGUGGAAUAAUCUAAUCAACGGCCAAUGUGGAAUCCGUAAAAUUGAUAAGAAAGAAUUUCCACCAAAUAUUCCCUGUAAAAUAGCCGGGUUUAUUCCUGAAGAUGUGAAAACACAUUUCAGUUCAACAGAGCAGAGGCAGCUGUCUGAGGGGAUAAUGUAUUCCCUGAUUGCUGCUGAGGAGGCUCUAUCAGAUGCAAACUGGAAACCAGAAACUCAAGACCAGCAAGAGAGAACAGGUGUAACCAUAGGAAUGGGUAUGAAUGGUAUGAAGGAAAUUUACACCACAGCUGAUCGCUUGUUCCAUAAAGGUUACAGAGAGGUCAACCCAUUCUUCAUGCCAAGGAUUCUUAUCAACAUGGCAGCUGGACAUGUUAGUCUGAAAUAUGGAAUUCAGGGACCAAACCAUGCUGUUUCCACAGCCUGCACCACUGGGCUCCAUGCAGUAGGGGAUGCGUUCAGAUUCAUACAGAGGGGGGACGUUGAUGUGAUGGUGGCAGGGGGUGCAGAAGAAAGCCCCAACCCUCUCUCUGUGGCAGGAUUCUCAAGGAUGAGAGCUUUAUGUACCAAGUUCAAUGACCACCCAACGGAAGCCUCACGACCUUUUGACAAGGACAGAGAUGGCUUUGUGAUGUCUGAGGGGGCAGGUGUUCUGAUUCUGGAGGAGAUGUCUCACGCCGUUGACAGGGGGGCUAACAUCUAUGCUGAAGUGCUAGGGUAUGGUUUGUCAGGGGAUGCCUUCCACAUGACUGCUCCAAGGUCAGAUGGUAGAGGUGCGUACAGGUGUAUGAAGGCUGCUCUAAAGGAUGCACGUGUCAGCCCAGCAGACAUUGGGUAUGUUAAUGCUCACGCCACAUCUACUCCUCUUGGAGACAAGGCAGAGAGUCAGGCAAUAUGGAGGAUAUUUGAACAAUGUGACAAAAAACCUUUAGUCUCAUCUACAAAAGGAGCUCUAGGACAUUUGUUAGGGGCUGCAGGAAGUGUGGAGGCAGCCAUCACAGUUCUGGCCUGUCAAUUAGGAAUUAUACCGCCCACUAUUAAUCUCCACCAAUCAGAUACUGGAGUAGAUCUGGAUUAUGUUCCUCUUGUGUCACAUGACUGGAAACAUGAUACAAGGACAGCUUUAACAAAUUCAUUUGGAUUUGGUGGUACAAAUGGAACUCUCUGCAUUAGAUCUUUUAGUGGAGGGUGACAUUUAUUAAUUUUGUCUGUUAAUUGAAUCUUAAAUUUAUUAAACAUUUUAUGUUGCUGGAAAAUUUUGAGUGCUUAUAUAUCUUAUAUAUAUAUAUGAACUAAAAGUUUGAUGUAGAUUCAUAAGAAUGCAUACAUGUAUAACGUGUCAUCUUACCCUGAAAUCUCCUUAUGGUAUCCAAUCCUUAAUAGCAACAGACCUAAUGAAUUGAAUAGAUAACAGGUUUCUUGGAGUUGAAUACUCAGUAUUUUUAAACAUAAAUCCCAUUUAUUAUUUUUAGCAUGUAAGGAUGGGAUGUGUCCUAAUUAAUGACCUUGAAUUUUGGUAAGAGUUAUCGCCCUCUGUUUUAAAUUAAUUAAAAAAUCAAUUUUAAAAAACUUAUUUCCUGGUAAAAAAAAUUUUUCAAUUGCCAUUCUAUAUCUAAUGUUUCAAUACAUAUUUCCAACACAGUAUUUAAUGAUAUUCUCACUUGAAUUUUUACUUAAAAAACAUGCAUGUGAACAAUUACUGAUCAGAAAGUUGUAUAAUUGCUAUUAACACCCCCUUUCCAUUUGAGAGGCAGUUUACAGAAUUCAGCAAAUGUCUAUUUCUGGGUAUUAAACAAACCAACUUAUAUAAACAUAGUUAUAAUGAGGAAAGGUGUCUCUUUCAAAAUUAUAAAUUUCAUGGCCCCUGGGUCAGGGGCUCUGGUGUUAGAGUGAGGCCGUAUUGAUUUUAUAGGGUAAAUGCAUUUAUUUUUUGAAAAUCUUCUUUUUCUUUGCUUCUAGGUAUUAAACAAACUAACUACAUACAUAAUUAUAAUGAAGAAGGGUGUCUUUUUCAAAAUUAUGAAUUUUAAAGCCCUAGGGCCAGGGCUUUGGUGUUAGGGUGAGACUUUAUUGAUUAUAAAGUGGAAAUGCAUUAAUUCUUUGAAAAUCUUGGAGUUCUCUGCUCCUGGGUAUUAAACAAACCAACUAACUACAUAGUUAUGAGAAAGGAUGCCUCUUUCAAUAUUGUGAAUUUCAUGCCCUUGGGUCAGAGUUCUGGUGGCCUUCUCAUCAGCCCCUGGUUAUUAAGUAGAUGAACUACAUAGAUAGUUUUUUUGAGCAUGGGUCCUUUUUCUGGGUCAUGGGUACUGU